GGCCACCCGUUUUCCCUCUCCAAAGAGGUUUUCCGUUCACCGGCGAAAACAGAGCCCCAGUUUCUGUGCUCCGCCGCUUCCCACUCUCUUCUCCGCCCGAAGAUGUCGAUCCUCCAAAUCGCUCCGCCACUUCCCCACACCCUCCUCUCCUUCUCAAGAGCGCUAGUCCCUCCUUCCCACCAUCGCCUAUUCCUCCACUCGAAACCCUCCAACCUCACUCUCCCAUUCCGCCCCGCCCCCAUCCGUAUGGGCGGCGGCCCCAGAACGUACCCCGGCGGCGUCUCCAAGUGGCAGUGGAAGCGGAUGCAGGCCAAGAAGGCCAAGCAGCUCCUUAAGGCUCGACUCACCCGCGAGCGCCAGAUUUACGAAAUGCGGAAGCGGGCUGAGCUCAAGGCCGCCGUGUCCGAGCUCGAGCGGCCUUGGGAAGCCGUGAAGCGCGCACCGACCCUCUUCUCCGUCAGCGCCGAUGAGCAGCUGAAGGUCCUCGCCGACCGGUUCCAGAAGCCUGGCGGCUUCGACAUGUGGACUGAGAGGGACGGCCCCGAGCUGUUUAAGGCCAUGGACGGGCUGCCCUCUGCUAGGUUCUUCCCUAAGGGGGUUGUGCACAGCGUGAAGCCCUACGGGAAAGUUGCUGAAUUGGAGGGUUCGGUCGAGGAUUCAGGCUCCGGCGGGGAGAGUGAAUUAGAUGAAGAGCUUGAUGAUUAUGGGGAAGAUAGGAGGAUCUCUAGUCGGAGGUUGAGAGGUGGUGAACUGGGUUCGGGAUUGGAAGCUGAAAAUGGCGGUGUAGUUGGAAAGCAGAUUGUUCGUUAUCAGAGGAACCGGAGGAACUCGAGCAUUGGAUACAGCCAAUUGGAUGAUGUCGAGGAAGGGGGUUCGGUUUCAGGAAGUGAAGAUGAUGCUGGAUUAGGCGAACAGAGGGUUGGGAAUGAGCGGAAUAAGAGGAUUUCUGCCGGUAGGAUGAGGGGCAGGGCUAUGUAUAAUUCGGAGGAUGGUUUAAGAUCAUCGGGCUUGGAUUUGAAGAAUGAAGGCAAAAGUAAAGGGAGGCUGGCGAAGAAGGGCAUUUCGAGAAAGUCUGGGGCACUGGGCAAGGGAGGUUCAAGAGAGAGUGGCUCUGUUCGAGUCGGUUUUGACAGGAAACAGAGAGGAAGCGAGGAGGGUUAUGGUGAUGGGUUGAGGAGUGGUAGGAACAACAGAAUAAGAGAGUCGAGAGAUUCGGAUUUGGAAGUUUACGAUAUGAGCUUGCAAGAAGAUGGUAGUUACAGGCUGUGAAUGCACGGAACUAAUGAAAUGUAAAGUAUAUAGCCUACAUCGCGGAUCAGAAGAGUGGAAAUGCAGGAACUGAUUUCAAGAAAAGACUUCGCUUAUCUGCAUACCGUGAUGCUGGGUUUGGCAUGAGCAGUGUUUAACUUGAACAUGGGUAAGGUGAUGGCAGGUAAUAUUGGAUACAAUUUGGACAUGUGCACGAGGAUAUCGUAGUUGUUUCAUAAGAUGUGUUUACUUCAACUGAGAAUUAUUGACCCAUUUGCAAUUAAUGCGAUACCUAAUGUUAGUAUUAUCGAACAUCUUUCAUGGUUCCGGGUUGUUUAUGGCAUACAGUUUGAAACUUUUGGCUUCAACUGAUCAUCUUGAGUACGGAAACGAAGUGAGCUGCUGAAAGCCUGAAACAAUAUGUCCGCUCGCUAUAUGUAAAAACACGCUCUGCUUGUAAUGAGAAUUACAAUCGAGUUGUUCACUUGGAAAUUCAUGGGCGGUGCAUUACACAGAUCAGAUGAGGGGAUAAUCAAGACUGAAGUCAUGGAAUUAUUUUAUGCGACUAUCGCUUGGACUUAUUUUUAUGCAGAUUAUGUAUGACUUCCACGAAGUUCUCACUGAAACUUGUGGAGCUGAAGAUUUUGUUCGUGGUGUACAAGUUUGGCUCGCCAUGCUAACCGACUAUAUAGAUCUUAAAGAAUCAGAGAAAGGGAUGAUGAUUGACAGGCAAAGGUUUUUAGUCGCUUUAUUGCCUGACCAACUGAGACAUUCUAUUGUUAUGAAUGAAGUUUACAUUUAAUUGA